UUCUAAAGAGUGUGAUUCGGAAGAGAUUGUUGUGGAAAUUCUGAAGAGUAGUAGCAAGAAAAACAUAAGAGACUCAGAGCCCUUACUAGUUUCUUCUUUACUGUUUUCAAGUCUCUGUGGCUAGGUUCAAUUCUUCUGGAUUUGAACGCAUUCUACAUUAAGAGAAAUGACAAAACAAAAUAAGGAGUGGGCUAUUGGAAUCGAUCUUGGCACUACAUACUCUUGCAUUGCUGUAUGGAAAGAACAACAGUAUAGAGUGGAAAUCAUUCACAACGAUCAAGGCAAUAGAAUCACUCCUUCUUGUGUUUCUUUCACAGAAAAUCAAAGGUUGAUUGGCGAUGCCGCUAAGAACUUGUCUUCCAUUAACCCAACCAACACUGUCUUUGAUGUGAAAAGGUUAAUUGGCAGAAAAUUCAGUGACCCCGUUAUUGAGAAUGAUCUAAGGCUGUGGCCAUUCAAGGUCAUUGCUGAUUCUGAUGACAAACCCAUGAUAGUUGUUUCCUAUAAGGGUAAGGAGAAACGCAUUUCACCUGUAGAAAUCUCAUCUAUGAUCCUUACAAAGAUGCGUGAGAUUGCAGAAUCAUACUUGGAAUCAGGGGUUAAGAAUGUUGUGGUAACUGUGCCGGCUUAUUUCAAUGAUUCUCAGCGACGAGCAACCAAAGAUGCUGCUACCAUUGCUGGCUUCGAUGUUAAGCGGAUAAUCAAUGAACCCACGGCUGCAGCUCUGGCUUAUGGGCUUGAGAACAAAGGUAACUGUGAUGGGGAGAGAAAUAUUUUCAUCUUUGAUCUUGGUGGUGGUACAUUUGAUGUGUCUAUCCUCAGAAUGAAAGAUGAUGUCUUUGAGGUCAAGGCAAUUGCGGGUGACACUCACCUUGGAGGAGAAGACUUGGAUAACAGAAUGCUGAAUUACUGCGUAGAGGAGUUCAAGAGAAAGAAUAAAGUGGACAUUAGUGCAAAUCCAAAAGCCUUGAGAAGGUUGAGAACCGCUUGUGAGAGAGCAAAAAGGACACUCUCAUAUGCUGUUGACACCACCAUUGAGGUAGAUGCUUUAUCUGGAGGUAUUGAUUUCCAUUCAUCAAUGACUCGUACGAGAUUUGAGGAACUCAACAUGGACCUAUUUAGAAAGUGUAUGGAGACUGUAGAUAGGUGUGUUGUACUGGUUGGUGGUUCUUCUAGGAUUCCCAAAGUGCAACAGCUAUUGCAAGACUACUUUAAGGGAAAAGAUUUAUGCAAGAGCAUUAACCCUGAUGAGGCUGUUGCACAUGGAGCUGCUGUGCAGGCUGCUAUAUUGAGUGACGGCAUUAAAUAUUUUCCUGAAUUGGUGUUAUUGGAUGUUACACCGCUAUCUCUUGGUAUAUCUGCAAACGGAGAUCUCAUGAGUGUUGUGAUUCCUAGAAACACCAUCAUUCCUGUUGAAAAAAAGCGAGGAUUUGUAAGAUCCGCAGACUUCCAAUCCUCCGUCCUAAUCGAGGUUUACGAGGGUGAGAGGACAAGAGCAAGCGAUAACAAUUUGCUUGGGUCUUUUAGAUUUUAUGGAAGUCCAAAUGCUCUUAGAGGCCAUCCUUUAACUGUAUGCUUCAGUAUAGAUGCUAAUGGUAUCCUAAGUGUAACUGCUGAGGAAAAAAGCAGCGGAAGAAUAGACAGUAUUAUCAUAACCAACGACAAGGGGAGAUUAUCAACUCAACAAGUUAUGAGGAUGAUGGAAGAAGCUGAGAAAUACAAGGCUGAAGAUCAGGAGUACAAAAAGAAAGUUCAAGCAAUUAGUGCUUUGGAAGAUUUCGUUUACAAGAUAAGGAAAGCUGUCGAGGAUGUUGACAACAUUUUUAAGCUUGAUACACAAGACAAAACGAAGAUCAACGUGGCAAUUGCAGAGGCCAGAAAAUUGCUCGGUGCCAGCAAGGAGACAGAAACAGGUGUGCUUGUGGAUCAUCUGCGCGAGAUGAAGAGUCUCAUUGAACCGAUAAUGAGGAUUAACUAGUUUGUUUCAAUUUCAAGUUCAUGUUGCUGAAAAAUGCAAAUUAUCUAAAAAUGUUUCUAAAAUUUUACUUCCUAAUGGAUUCAGUUCUUGCUUAAACACAUCUCUUUUACCUCUUCCUAAUAAA